UAUACGAGUGUAGAAAUAAAUCUCCGGCAAACAGUUGCAGCUGCCUACUUUGGCUAAUUGAUUUUCAUUUCGGUUUCUGUUUUUCCCAUUUGUUUGUUAGCUGGUUUGUGGGUCUGUUUGUUCGCCUCUUGCAAUGAGGCGUCCAAAAGCUGCCAAUCACAACAAAAAUAACACCAAAAACAACUCGCCAAAUGAACAAAAACAAGCUGAAAAACAACAAGUACAUGAAGUGAAGCUGCGCGACAAUUGCGUUUGCGAUUUUUUGCUGUUUUUUUAAUUAAUUUUAAGUGUCGCCGUAUCCAGUUGCCCUUUUUCUGGCCGGGAGUGGGAAAGAUAGCGGUGGAGCGGUGAGACCCUCCGGAAAUCGGCAAUUUAAUUUACAAUACAACAUUAGUACGGACAUAAAAGCGGAUAAAGCCGAGUAGCGAAAGGAGAACCGAAAAUGUUCGCGGGAAUAAGGAAGCGCCUGGCACGCAAGCAGAACGAGAAGGAUUGCGAUGAGGACGACAAGGACGAUGUGCUUGAUAUAAUGCCGCCGCCCCCGAACUACAUACAGAUCUCCCAGGGAAGGAUUCAGCUGGUCCAUCAGCCGAGAACGCCCGUGGAAUCUGAGGCGGGAACUCUCUCCCUGGAGCGACAUGGAGGCUCAAUCUCCGGAUCCGGCGGCUGUGAUAAGGAUGUGUUGGAGAAGCGGAUGAUUGAAGUUGAAGGCGCGCUGCUGCGUUUGCAGGAGCAGUUCCAGAAAAUCCAAUGCGGGUCGCCAACGUUCGAGAAGGAAUUGCGCGAACAAAUUGAGAACAUGAAUCGCAUUAUGAAAUCCAAAGAACGCAAGCAAAUGCAGACAUGUCGGGAUCACAAGGCACUGCAGACCCGCUUCGCCCGCCAGGAGAGCCUGCUCCAAUCGAUGCAGCAGGAGAAUCGCUCCCUGCUCACCCGAAUCCGGCAGUACGAGCACUGCCUGGACGAUGUGAUGCGCAAGGUGGUGGACGCCAUCGUGGCGGAGGACAAUCUCCGGGAGGAGGUGAGCAUGCUGAAGGGCAGGGUUCGGGAUCUGGAGGCCCAGAAUGCCGCCCUGUCCGCCAGUCCGGUGAAGGGCCGGGACGAGGGCUACUGCACCAUGAGCAGUGGUCAGCCGCAGCCGUCGAACGGACACCUGGAGGAUCUGCCCGAGGAGCCGGAGCAGUGGCUCCUGCCCGCCGAGCCCUGCUCCACGGAAAUGGAGGACUGGAGCAUGUCGCAGGAGGAGCUGGCGGUGAUGACCUUCGACGACGAGCGGGAUCAUCGGGAUCAGCGGCAGCAUCCGCAGCAGCAGCAGCAGCGGAGGAAGAGGGAACACGACUGGCUGUGGCCAUCCAGCGACUUUAUCAACUCCACCACCGUGGAGACGGAUUCGGUGGCCGAUGGCAUUGCUCAGCUGCUGCAGCAGAAGAUCGUUUACUCCGAGGACGAGGAGGUGGCCUGCACGGACUUUACCAACGACUUCUACAAGCUGGUCAACAUCCGUUCGAACUCCUCGCGCAGCCUUUACUCCUACCUGGAGGGCGAGACGGAUGACGAGGACGACGAGGAAGAGGACGAGGACGACGGCGAGGAUUCCAGCAUGUCGGAGAGCCAGGUGGGACCGGCGGGUCGAGUUCCCGGAGCCAGUCCCACGCCCAGCGAGGCGGGACGCGCCCAGUUGACCAGCUGCUCCUCCAGCGAAACGGACGAACUGUCCGCCAGUCAGGCGAAGAAGGAUGAGGAGCCCGAUUACGCGGUAAUCGAUGAAUGCCGGCGGCGGGUAAGCGACAUAGAAAUCGAGGAUGUGCCCAUGAUUGUAAGCAGCAGCACGCCAAUGAAGCCGCUGGACGAGCAACAGUGCAUUGCGCAGAUCAUCAAGAGUGAACUGCGACGACCGCCGCAUGUCCUGGUCAAAUCCAAGUCGGUGCUGGAGGAGCAGGAGCCCAGCUGCAUCCUGCGACACAAUCAGCGCCGCGAACUCGAGUCCACCGUGGUGCGCAGCGAUAGCAUCAGCUGUGGCAUGAUGACCAAGUUGGGGAAGGAGGUGGUGGUGCCACCGGCGCCCGGGAUGGUGACCAAGCUGAAGGAGCGGAUGCUGCUGAGGCAGGCUUCCACGCCUCCGACAGCCAGCUCCUGGCGCAGGAGCAACGGCUGGAAGAGGGUCACCUCGCCGGUUCACCCACCAGCGGCCGUUUCGCCAAAGAAGAAGGAAGCCAAGUCAACGGAGCCGCCAAAGAGUUGCCUGCCCAAAGCGCAGCCCACCAGAAUUCCAACGAGCAUCCAUUCGUCGGUGUCCUCGUCCUCCUCGAUGUCCUCGUCCUGCUCGCCCUCGCCCUCCUCCCCCUCGCCGCAGUCGCCGCAGCAAAGGUCACCGGGUCAGCAGCCCCAGAAGCAGCAGCAGCAGCAGCGAAAGUCGAAAAUUCCUCCACCAGUUCCCGUGCGACGAUCCUACGCCAGUUAGGAUAAGCCCAAACUGCCUAAUCUCAAAUCAAUAAUCGUCAAGCUAACAAAUAUUUAAAGAUUUAAAAAGACUAAAUUGUGAUAUAUUCAAACAAAACAAAACAGAAGAGAAGUGAACAGAACCGAAAGAUACAGAAGAUGAUUAAGAUUACGGAGGAGGAGCCAGCGAAUACGAGUAUUUAUGUAGAUUGUACAUUUUUUGGAAGAUGUUUUACCUUGUAAGCGGCACUGCCAACUGUUCCCCCUGAAAAAAAAACCAAACCGAACAGCUCGCCCUGCUCUAUCGCAUAUAUUUUGUAGAGCAGACGUUGCAGCCACUAAAUCAGUAGGUUAUACUAACUAUAAUGGGACACUUUGAUCGAUUCAAACUGAAUUCAAACCACUAUUAGCUAUGGUCAUGAUUAGAUGAACCAAUACCGUCUUCCGCAUCUGUAGGACAUGGUUAACACA